CUCAAUGAGUCACAGCAGCGAACUGACACCGCAGGACCCUCCCCUGUAGUCCUGUUUUCACCCACCUUCGCUGUUUCCACAGCCACUGCAGCCGGACGCGUGGGGAGAGAAGAAGAAGAAGAAGGAGGAGAAGAAGAAGAGAGGAGCAGCUGUCGGACCGAUGGAGAGGAAGCAAGGAUCUCCUCCUCUUCAGUACGGAUCACUGGAGCGCACUGAAUGGAGCAAAGACCCCGACAAACCAGAGGACGACGUGGUGUCCAUGGCCGACUCCACCAUCACCGUGGAUGACAUCGAGGGAGAGCUCUUUAAGAUCGAGAGGAUCAGAGACGUGCUGGUCAGGAGGGAGUCCGAGCUCAGAUACAUGAUGGAUGACAUUCAGCUGUGCAAAGAGAUCACACGUCUGAAGAAGGAGCUGCACAAGCUGGUGUCCAUACCAGAUAAGGACAAAUCCAACGAGGACCGGCAGAAAGAAGAAGAGCUGCUGCAGCAGAUCCACAAGCUGGUGGAGACCAGAGAUUUCCUGGUGGACGAUGUGGAGUUUGAACGGCUCAGGGAGAACGAAGAAGACAAAGAAAUGGCAGAUUUCCUGAAGUCCAAAUUCCCGAGACAUACGAAGAAGAAAGGUUUACCAAUGAGGCGGGUUCCAUCCAGGGCUCAGCAGACCUCGUCCCCCUUCGCUAAGACCGGCCUCACCCUGCUGAAGGAGUGCUGUGGAUUCACGUGCUCCAUUAUGUAGACUGAAACCAAAACUGAAGGGCCUCAUGGUACCCCCCCCCCCCCCCUUCAAAAAAAAACAAAAAAAAACGCCAUCUCACAGGAAUCCAUAAUUCCAUAUUUGGCUUUUCAGUCGGAGAAAGACUUUGACGCGUGGAUGGAGCAGGACAGAUGCUGAAGUUAAGAUUUCCCACAGGGAGAAAGGGGGGGGGGGGGAUUUUGCAGAGAUAUUGUGGUGUGUUUUUUCAUGCAAAGACCCCAAAGUCUGCGUUUUGUUGGAUUUCUUUUCUGUGCUUGUCUCCUGUGUGUCUCUCAUCACACUAAUUAUCGCUGCUUAAGCUUCCUCUGACAACACAGUCUGAAAGGGGGGAAAAAAAAAAAACAUACUUUAUAUAUCUCUCUCUUUGAGGCGCACAGGAGGGAGGGGGGGGGGAGAAAGUAGAAACAGCAUAGCACAUGUCAGGGCAUGGAUAGUGCACACACUAAUUGGACUCAGUUACCAUGGCAAGCCUACAAGUUUUUUUGAUAUUUAAAGAUCUAACCGAGCUGAAGUGUCACUGCAUCGUUAGAAAAACAAGCUGUGUUUGCAGGAGCCAGUCGAGACACCCCGCUCGAACGUUAAAAGCAGCAUUAGAGAGAUAACACUAAUGAAAGUGGUAUUAAACGGGAUGUGUUAGGGUGAGGAUGCGUCCAGUUCGAUAGAAGUAGGUACGACCUUUGAGAAGGGGAACAGCGGAUGUCUCUUCUCAGACGGUUAACUAGCAUCUGUUCUACCAGUCUUCUCUUUACAGUUUUAAUUUUUUCAGUUUUUUUGCUCAUUUUAGUGCAACAAACCUGAAGAGUCGAUUUAAAAAGUGUUGUUCUUGUGGAUGGUGUGGAAUUAGUGGACAAGCAUGCAGGAUUUUGUCAUUUCUCAGAAGAGGCGAGACAAAAAAAAAAAAAAAACACAGAAAGUAUAAUGGGGAUGUAACCAAAGAUCCACUUGAGG